GCCAUUGCCAUUGGAAGAGUCGGAGUCACUUGCAUCAUCUGAUUCUGGGGAAAUGAAUUGCGAAUUGUCUCUUUCUUUAUAACCGGUUCCUCUUUGAUGCUGUCUCCUCAUCAUCGGGUCGCUACCUGAUACACAUGAUGAAGCUAAUAUUAACAAAGUGACACAAACUACCCUGGCCAUGUUUCGCGCGAAAAUCUAAACUUUAUUGGCUCUUUUCGGAGUUGAAAUCAGAGAUGGGAGAGACUAGAAAGAACUGUGAAUAUGCCGACAGCAUUGUUGGUCAGGUGAUCUUCAGGUCACGUGACGACGAAUGCAUUUAUGGAAAUGAAUGGAAAUGGCGUCUGCUGCCCAAGUCCAAGAUCAUGAAGAUUAUGACAAAUCACUGGUUGACGAGCUUAGAGAUGUUGUUGUGAAAUGUAGAUGGCAAUGUCUAGGACACAGACGGGAAUUCCAGGGAAAGAGAUGUACCAGGAUAUUCUCCAAAGAUGGUGAAGAUGUUGUUUUGGUGUAUCUUCCUCCUGAUCGAUUCUAUGCCAUGGAUGUUAGCUGUCCCCAUGCAGGAGGACCACUCGAUAUGGGAGAUAUUGAAGAGAUAGGAGGCCACACUUGCCUAGUUUGCCCUUGGCAUGAUUAUGACUUCAGACUGGACAAUGGUGAAUCCACCUCUGGGCUUAAGCAACCAGUACAUAGUGUGAAGGUAGUCGAUGACCUUGUAUACAUCAAUUGCAGAGCAGAACUGAUCCCUUUGGAUGAAAGUGAUAGUUCUACGAAAGAUUGUGAACAGCCAACAAGCCAAGAGUCUAGGGAAGCCAGCAUGGUCGAAGAGACAGAGUUUAAUGGGGCUAGUCUGUGUGAGUUUGCUGUGAGAAUCCUCAAUGAACCUGAUGCCAAACAAAAGGUUCAUCUUACAAGAGAGACGCAUCAAAGAUGGAAAGGAGGAGACAUAGCAGAGGUCGGCUCCUGUAAACCACCUCCGAUGCCGCUAAGGGAUAAAUCACUUAACAUCCUUCAGCCAGGAAAAAUCAAGAGAGGAAAAGGGGGCACUUUGGCAAGUAGGAUAGCAGUCCUUCAUUCGUUAGCUAACAUUGAGCAGUGGGCUAUAGAUCUCUCUUGGGACAUCAUUGCUCGCUUCUCCGAUGCAGAACUUGGCGAUGGAUCAAGGUUACCAAGGGAGUUUUUCACCGACUUUGCCAAAGUUGCUGAUGAUGAAGCUAAGCACUUUACUCUCUUAGAAAGUCGACUUGAGAGCUUAGGAAGCAAAUUUGGUGCACUGCCGGUACAUAAUGGUUUAUGGCAGUCUGCUGAGGAGACUAAUGACAGUUUACUUGGGCGGCUAGCAGUUGUACAUAUGGUACAUGAAGCCCGUGGUCUUGAUGUCCAUCCCAAAACCCAGGAGAGAUUUAGACGGCAGUCUGACGCAGAGUCUGUUGAGAUCUUGGAUACAAUCUAUAACGAUGAGAUCACUCAUGUGGCUGCUGGUCUGAAAUGGUUUACAUACGUAUGCAGACAUAGCGAUCCUCCAGUUGACUGUAUACCAAAGUUCCAUGAACUGGUUCGGGCUCAUUUCAGGGGUCAUUUGAAGCCUCCGUUUAAUGAAGAGGGCCGAGAAACUGCAGGAAUGUCAAAAGAGUGGUACUUGCCGUUGGUGAAGACGUGACCUAUCUUCAUAUCAUUCCAAUGGACUACACCAUAUUUGGGACAUUUUAGACAUCUCACCUGAGCAUUACGUAGAGGUUUCCAUCAGCCCUGGUAAGAGCUCUGCCAGUUGGGCUUUGGAAAGAUGUAGCACUUCUUGUCUCAACCGCUUAAUCCCUGAUGAUGGACACUCCAGCAACCCAGAACAUGAAGCAUCACCAUUUCAUCUUCUCUUCAGCUGCUUCAAGCCGUUGCAUCUAAUCUGGUUUAUGGUCCUUUUACAGACUUCUCCCGAACUUAGAGAUGAAAGAAUAUUCUCUUUUCUCUCAUCUUCCACUUCCCUGCCUGUCAGUAAUCACCUAAGCUCUUAUAUCAUUCCUUGUCAAUCUCUCAUCAUUACACUGUCAUGUUCAGGAGAGUCCAUAUACAGAUAACCUCUACCACCAUGUAAACCUUCAAAGAACAUCCACUUAAGAAUUACUGUUUGUCAUUGCAAAGCUAGUCUUGUGUAUUGGUGAUAGUUUGAUGGUGAUGACCCUUGCAAUAACACUUUCAAAUGAAGAUGUUGCAUAAGCCUUCCUGACAUACAUGAAGCCUCCUGUGGCAUUAAAAUCCCAAGACAGAAAGACAUGACCAGACAUAGAAAAGUAUGUCAGUGAUCAGGUUUGGAAAUUGUUGUAUUGUCCACUUUUGGCACAUUGACUGUUAUUUGGGCUACUGUCAGAUAGUGAUUAUGUGAUGAAAAGAAUACAUUGAAAGGAAUAUAUCAGUAAUCAUCAAAUAACAAAUGCCUAUGUCAGUGAAUUUGAAAACCACCUCGUUAGUUUAUCUCUAAUGAUUUUUACUGCUCAUACACAGUUACAACUGGGCAAUUCCAUAAAAUAUGUACGUCCGACCCCCUAUAUGUGGGGACUUCAUGAAACUUUCUGUCUCUGAUUUCUUGUUCGUUUGACAGUCAGUAAUGUUCUCAAGGGUCCAUGACUUGGUCAGUUAAUAAAGUGAAGACUUGAGAAAAAUAGGAGUCGGACGUACAAAAAGGUUGAGUAUUUUAUGGAAUUGCCCAACUGCGAAAAGGCUUAUUGGGUCGAUUGAGUCAGUUGCAGGGUAAAGAUCUUACAUCACCAACAUCUUGGUAACAUAUUUCACACAAUGGUGACAAGAAGUCUUGGAUUUGUCCUAGAUCUGUUAUUUGUGUGUGUUUAUUGUUUGGAAAUUGGAAGAGUUAGAGUAAUGACACCACCUGUGUGUCUAUAAAUGUGCAUUCUUUUCUAAAUCUCCUAUUCUCCUAAUCUGAUCGCAUCUACUAGGACCAUGCACUUAUAGAAUAUGGAAUCGCUGAACCAAUUGUGCAAUAAGAUGUAUCCAUCACUGGAUCCUAACAACCUAUUUAAAUAGUAAUUAUUCAUGUGUAGUGACCAAAGAAGUCUCUCGGCAUGAAAUUCACCAUGAAUGUCUGUCAAUAUUCAGAAAAUUUGUCAUGAUUUGUUGUAAUUGUCAACAGACAAUUGCCCAUUCAUUAUUUUUUUGAUUGAUAUCGAUAUUUCAAAAAAUAUAUGUUCAUAAUAUUUUUUAUACAUAGAAAAGCCUUUGGUUCACCGUGAGAUGAUUCCUAAAAAGGAAUGUUGGGAUAGUGAAAUGAAGAGCAGUUUGAUGACACAUGAAAAUGAAAGAAAUUGAGUUGAGAUCAAUAGGCGAAAAAGAUUGUGAGUCCAUCUCUUUUUAGUUUCUCAUCAAAUUUUCUUCUUCCAUUCCAUACAGUCCCUUUCAAGACUAAUCCAAUAAAAAAAACAUAGGAAGCCUUUUCUACAUUAUCUGUAUACCAUCAUGCAAAUUUUUAAAGGUCAUUAAAUUUGUUAUUAUCCUAGUCGAAUCUUAAUUUGUUUAUUCCUCCAGCACCUAUCCAAAGUAACUUCAAAUCAAGCUGUGUAGUUAUAGUGACAGUGAACACUUCAUUGUUCAGAUUUCAUUUUAUUACAUAAAAAAUUAUUCUUGUAUUUUUCUGAUUUUGUCUAGAUAAAAAUGACUGUGGCUUCUGGUAUCAUCAUUGGUUUUAAUAUUUGUAAUUGUGGUUUAGUAGUAGAUUUGUAAUUAUUUCAUCUGGGCCCUGUCUUACAAAGAAUUCCAAUUGAUCCAAUCAAUCAUAACUCUAUGGAAAUCCAUCAGUGUCAUAAUUUUUCAUACAGGAAAUUUGUAAAAUGUCCUUUGUAUACAAAAGAGAAAACAUCAAAUUGUCAAGAAAUAAAUGAAUUUAUGGAUAUACAUUCAUAUCUCAAUUUUUUUUUACAAACAUGCAUUUUAUAUGUUGACUUUGCUGGCUUUCCAUAGUUGCGAUUGAUUGGAUCAAUUGCAACUCUUUGUAAGUUGGGCCCCUGGGCUCAGUUUCUGGAGUUUGUCACCAUUAAAAAUUGAAGUGAAAUCCUUACUUUGGCUGAGAAGAACCAGUCAAUGAUAUUUACUUCUGUAAUAGAUCAGGGCCCCGUCUUACAAAGGGUUACGAUUGAUCCAAUCCCUCUCAACUGUAUGGAAAUCCAUCCAUACCAUAAUUUUUUCUACAGGAAAUUUACACAAUCUCCUUAGUAAACAUAGAGAAUCACACUGAAUCUUCAAGAGAAUGAUGAAUGUAUGAAUAUACAUCAUAUCUAGAAAAUAUUCAAUGGCAGAAAAAAGCUGCUGAAAACUGCUUAUCUAAUAAAAGAGAGCCAAUGGAUUCAUUAGAGAGUCAAAAGGGGCCUAAGCUUUCGAUCCUAGCAGAAUCUUUGUCGGAGGCAAAAUGACAAACAUAUAAAGUGGAACAAACAUAAUAUAGACCAUAGACAUGCAACAGCAACACUAGAAACAAGGAGACAAAAGGGGCAUUAGUGAGUAGAGAAGACCAAUCAGGUUAGUGAAGGGGAUGAAAGAAAAGGAGUAGGCAGACACAAAGGGAAGUCAGUGUAAGUAAGGCCAGUAAAAGGGAUUAAGACAAUUGGGCAGGCAACAUCAAACAGGAUCUGGAACAAAACAGUGAUAGGGGGUGUGAGGAAGAGAUGAAUAACAAGAGAAUUAGUGAGAGGUGGGUCAAACAGGUUACAAAGAAAGGCAUAAUAAACUGGUGCAUAAGAGUGGGGGAAAAAAGGGAAAGAAAGGGGAACAACUGAUAAUGUGCAAAAGACAUAUAAGUAUAAAUGAAAAAGCAAAAAAAAAAUAUAUAUAUAAAUAUAUAGUGUAACUAGUAUUGUAAAUCCGCUAGGGGUGAGGGGAAAAAACCAUAAUGCUAUACAAAUUCGAGUUUUAGAAGCUGACGUUGAUGGCCAGCCAUAGUUGUGAUUGAUCGGAUCAAUCGCAACUCUUCGUAAGACAGGGCCCUGUAGACUUCCUAUUUUUAUGCUUUCUUUUCAAACUUAGUUUGUUCUUGACAGACUGAAAGAAAGCUAGAGUCUUGCCAAAUAUUGCAACAAAUAAUGUAUACCUAUGUCUGAUAGGUUCAGGGAAUCGGUACUUCAUUCCCAGUUAAUUAAAUUCCAUAAAUCUGAAUAACUAAGCAGACCUACUGUGAAUGAAUAACAGUUUCCAGUGACAACUCUAAAUGCUCCAGUGAACUUGAAUAUUCUUUGUAAACAAAUUUUUUGGCAUUACUCCUAUGUGUUUAAGAUCGCAUGCUCGAUCUUUAAUGAAAAUCAUAAGUCAGAAAAAAUUGGAACCAGUGGGAUUAGAACCUCUGGUUCAAAUUUUUUCUGACUUAUGAUUUUCAUUACAGAUCGAGCAUGCGAUCUUAAACACAUAGGAGUAAUGCCGAAAAAUUUGUUGGCAAAUUAUGAUUUCCUCCUAUUAAAGCCUCUUUAUUUAUUAUUGAAUAUUCUUGUACUACUUGUUUAGAAAUGAGCUGUAUGAAUCAAGUUGUUGCCUGUUAUGGCCCAGUCUUGAAAACUUCUUGUUUAGAUGCAAUAAAAAAACAGUAAUAGAA